CAGGUUGGUCAGAUGGAAAAGAAGACUCCCCGCUCGGAAGCAAGAAGUGUUGCAAUGCGGGAGAACCCCUUUCCAGUCAAGGUCAUCGAACCCGGAUUGCAGCUGGAUAUUGAAGAAUCUCAAACCUCCAACAAGGAAGAUUACGACCGAAUUCUUCAAAAUGUUGCAGGAUUUGAGCCUUCGCAUAUGCCGGAGCCCGGUGAUGUCAGGACGUCCCAGGAGAACUUUCGCAAGUUCAAUUGCCGCUUGCGGGCAGAGAUGGCCCUGGCGAUGUGGUAUCAGGUUGUUCAGCAAAGCCUUCCAGACCCAAAGCGGUUGGCUCGUGCAAUACUGGCAGAUGAUAGCAGAACAACCUUGAACAAGAACUUUUCACAUUCAAAAUUCAGCGACUACCAUUUGGCACAGCUUGCAGCCGCACUCCCAAGCAACCUUCGGCAUUUGCAACUCUCGUUUUGGUGUGGCCAAAUCGGCACUCCAGGAAUCCGAGCCCUUUCAAAGAGUCUCUCACAACUCAAGCAUUUGGAGACCUUGAUGCUGGAUUGCCAGAUGUGUUCACAGAUUGGUCAAACAGGUGUAGAUGCUCUUGGCUUGUGCUUGCCGGCAACAAUAACAGUCCUUCGAUUGAACUUUCACGCAGCGAAUCUCCGCAACAUCAAUGGUUUGGCGAAGGGCAUUUCAAAUUUGAAGAAUUUACGCGCUCUCAGCAUCGAUGUUGGAGGCAUCGAGAAUAUGGAUCACAGGCAAGUGGGCACGCUUGCAGAGAGCUUUCCGCCGCGCUUGAUGAAUCUACAUCUUGGACUGAGGGGCUGCCCGUAUUUCACAAGCUCUGGAGUGCAAUUGCUAGUAUUGAGCCUUCCUGCAGAAAUGUCAAUGCUUUCUUUGAACUUCAGCGUAUGCGAUCAGAUCAACAACGAUGCCGUCAGAUGGCUGGCCUUCAAAAUGCCAUGUUUGCUGAAGG